AUGUUAGUUGCUGAUUUAUGGUUAUUCCUUGGUGUAUGCAUUCUUGUACUGUUAGUCACAGUACUUUUUAUUUUUAUGAAUACUACCAGGGAAGAGAUUGAAAGAAUGCUUUCAGAGGAUAAUACAGUAGGUGUUAAAGAAGUACUAAAUAAACCAGAUACACCUGCUGUUAUACGAGAUAUGUAUACAGUUCUAUUAGAUACAACUAAAACAGAAUUAGAUAUACUAAGUGUACUUAAUAUACAUAAUAAUACGCACAUUUCGUAUUUAAUAUACGGUGAUUAUCUGCUCAGGAAUAACAAAGUGAAUGAAUCCAUAGAUAAGUAUACUACAGCAGUAAAACUAAGCACAGAUCCAUCAGAUACAGAAUCAAUCCUAAAAGUAAUAAUAUUUGCAUACUUACAGAUAAAAGACUUACCCAAUGCAUUUUAUACGGGCUGGUCACUUAUUGAGAUGAGUAACACCGGGUAUAACUUAAGACUGCUUUAUUUUAUAUCACAAGCAAUAAUAACCCAGAAAGGGUUCUUAAACCACCCAAUCCUACAAGAAUCAUUAAAAACAAAGAAAUUAAUCGGUGAUAACCUAAUACUACCAAAGGAUAAUGAAGUAGAAAUACUCAAAUCAAAUGACAUAGAAAUAAUCAGUGCACCAGGGACACGUACAUUCUUAAAUAAGCAUAAUAUAAAUAUAUCAAGAGAUGUUGAAGUAGGUAUCAUAACAGACACUCUCCCAUACUUUAACUUAAUACAUGAGCAUGGGUUUAAUACGUUCAUUAAAGAGUAUCAUAAUACCAUACCAAAUGAGUAUAAAACACAGUCAGGAUUAGAAGUAGAUGUAUUAUCAUACCUUAUUAAAUCAGAAGAUAUCCUUAUGUUAUAUAAGGUAUCUAAUUACUUCUACACGGAGUGUAAUUAUUUCUGUUCACUUGUCUUAUUCAGGUGUGUAAUAGAAUUAUUCAGUAGGAUAGAUACUUAUAGGAGUAAAUUCAUGCAAUUAUCUAGUGUUAUAGGUAGUAAUGCAUUUACAGAUAUAUUUAUGAUAUCUCCUGUUGAUUAUGAUAAGUAUAUACAGUCAGUUAAGAAAUUAAACCUGUCCAUAUUUAUAGUCAGUAAAGGUAACUCAAAGGAUCACCCACUUGAUAAAGUACUAUCAGAGCAUUUCUCAGAUAAAGUAUCUCUUAUUCCGUAUACUAUACCAGAUGUAUAUAAAUAUGAUUAAUGUAUGGCAUAAUCAGAGUAUAUGUAAUAGGGUAGUAUACAGGAGUAGCAGGAGUAUGGGUCAUGUACAGUAUUAGUCUAUUAGUAUAACAGAAGUAUUAGUGUAGUAGUAUACAGGAGUAGCAGGAGUAUGGGUCAUGUACAGUAUUAGUCUAUUAGUAUAACAGAAGUAUUAGUGUAGUAGUAUACAGGAGUAUAUAUAGUAUACAUUAAUAGGAGUAUAUUAUAUAUGUAUUAGUCUAUUAGUAUACAGUAAUAAGAAUAAUAUACAUGAGUAUACUGCACUGUAUUAGUCUAUUAAUCAUCUGUUAGUCUAUUAGUCUAUUAAUAUACUGCACUGUAUUAGUCUAUUAGUAUACUGCACUGUAUUAGUCUAUUAGUAUACUGUAUUAGUCU